AUGGACGACAACGUCCACAGCCCAUCACCACCUCCCAUGAGGACUCCCCACUACCCAACGGCACAACACGACACCAUGAGACAACAACGGCACAAUGACAACGGUACGCACGGACAACACAAUGAGACACAACGGCGACGAGGACCACCCAGCAACGGCAAUGACGGCCCAGCACGACCCCCCCCAGCAACAGCAACGACGGCCUAG